GAAAUCCCUAAAAAAAUCCACAAGACUCCAUGGCUGAGUGAUUGAACAACUCAAAACCCAGCUUCAAUGGUUAAAUUCAAUGGCCUACAACAACUGAAUCAACUUACCCAAGAUCUUCUUCUUAUACCACACUACUACUAUAAGCAGUUCAUAUUCUCCCCAAACAGAAGAUAAAAAAUCUUUAAUUCUCUAAACACCAUAGCUGAGAUCAAUUCAAUGGGAAUCACCGAAUCACAUUCAAGUCAAGUCAGUCCAGCCAUGAGCCAACUCCAUAAUAACAUUAUUAAUCCAAGGAUAGAUGGAAAUCAAAAUUUCCUGGAAUCGAUAACAAUACAUCUACACGUUAAAGCUGCUUGUCAAGAAACAGUUAAAAAUCGUAGCUUUAGUGUUCCAGGUCUAGAGGAAGCAAUGGGGCUAGUUAAUUUUAAGAGACCACAGAGUUGUCUGUUUUGUUAUAUGUGUUUGUACCAAUAAAAGGAAACUGGAGAUGAGUGUCUAUGUGGUGGUAGUGUAAAUGAGAUCAAAGGACUAGUGUUUUGAACGGUGCUUAGUUCCAAUGGUGGUGAGGGACAUAGUUGUAGAGGCGUCAGCAAAACAUGAAAUAUCGAUUGCAGCAACAACCUGUGAGUGGAACAGCGCAAAUUUUCACAUUGGCUGUGGUCUUUAGAUUGAAUUGAUCAAAAGAAAAUAACAGAGUCAUCACAAGUUUGACUAAAGAAUGUCAAGUAACAGUCAACAACUUUUUGGAAUGUCUGAAUGUGAUCAGAAAAGGGAAGAUUCAACAAACAAAAAGGAAAGUAGAGGAGCAUGUGACUCUCCACGCCCCCCAUAAAUGGAAACCAAGAGCAAAACCAGACUUUGGUGGUCUCCUUGUUUAAACUCCAGGUUUUAAGAAUAAACAGAUCAGAUUAAAAAGUCUAUGUACUAUCUCCUUUGGGGAGGAGAACAGAAGAGAGGAGACUUGCAGAAGUAUUGCAUCAGGUAUGGAGUUGAAAAGCACUGCAGAUGGAAGAAAUGAUAAGUUUCCGGUAGGAAUGAGGGUCCUCGCUGUGGAUGACAAUCCAACCUGCCUUCGGAAACUGGAAGAGUUGCUGCUACGUUGCAAGUAUCAUGUGACAAAGACAAUGGAAUCGAGGAAAGCUCUGGAAAUGCUGAGAGAGAAUAGCAACAUGUUUGAUCUGGUGAUAAGCGAUGUAGAGAUGCCAGACACGGAUGGCUUUAAGUUGCUUGAAAUUGGUCUUGAAAUGGACCUUCCUGUCAUCAUGUUGUCAGCUCAUAGCGACUACGACAGUGUUAUGAAAGGUAUUAUACAUGGUGCCUGCGAUUAUUUGGUCAAGCCUGUUGGCCUCAAGGAGCUUCAGAAUAUAUGGCAUCAUGUUGUGAAGAAGAACAUUAAAUCUUAUGCAAAAACCAUUGGCCCUUCUCGUCAACUGCUCCCACCUUCUGAAUCUGAUCUCGUCCCAAGCGUCAGCAAGAAACGGAAAGAAAAAGUCAAUGACAGUGGUGAUGAAGAUGACAGUGACAGAGAUGAGGAUGACGGUGAUGGGAGUGAACAGGAUGGUGAUGAGUCAGGCGCGCGGAAGAAGCCACGUGUCGUUUGGUCACAGGAGCUCCACCAGAAGUUUGUCAAUGCUGUUCAGCAAUUGGGCCUCGACAAGGCUGUUCCCAAAAAAAUACUUGAUCUCAUGAAUAUAGAAGGUCUCACUAGGGAAAAUGUAGCCAGCCAUUUGCAGAAGUACAGACUGUACUUGAAAAAGAUAGACGAAGGUCAGCAGCAAAAUAUGACCCCAGAUGCAUUUGGAACAAGAGAUUCAUCUUACUUUCAUAUGGCUCAACUUGAUGGAUUUAGAGAUUUUACUGGCACAAGACAACUGCCAAGCUCGGGACUCUUAUCACGUUCCCAUCUCACCAAACUCCAACCCCAUAUGUAUCCAUCAGUAAAUCUUCAAGGAAUGAACUCUUCCAGCUUUAUCCAACAGGGGCAUCACCAGAGCUCAAGCAACUCAGCUAAUCCAUUUGGAACAUAUCACAGUACUCUGGCACCAAGAAUCCAGAACGUAAAUCUGUUUCAGCGAACUUCAUCUCCACUAGAACCCCUUCAGUUUCCUAGAAGUAAGUGCUCUGCAUACAUGGGAGAUUUUAAAAGCAUAGGGGACCGAGCAAUUGGCGGUAGCUUCCUAGAUUCUUGUAUGCCAUUUGGUAGCUCUAGCACCUCUUUGCCAAGUGCUUCAAGCAAUACUCUAAUGUCGCAAGCAAACUAUACACAACCCUUGCAUACAGCCACAAGUGGAAAUCAGUCUUGCAUCGAGGGAACUAUGUCUGACUCUGCCUCCCAAAACAUCAGCGUCCAAGGCUUGUCUAGAUUUCCUAGUCAAAGCUGGCAAGGGAAUUUGAACACAACCAGAUUCCUGUCGAAUUCAAUACCAAUGAAUCAUGCUUUCUUGCCGGAUCAAGUGACAUGUGAAGGGAACAAUCUGGGAGAUUGUACUUCUUUGGUUUCUGCAGAGAAUCCUGGUGGAGAGAUGCAGUGUGAGCCUCAGUUACUUGGCGGAUUCAUGCAGAACAUGAAUCCUAUAGACGGACAAAAAUGGGAGCAACAGAACUGUAGCAUGCUGAACAGUACAUUCGGUAACGUAGAGUAUCCCCUACCAGGAGACAACAUGGUAUUCAGGGGAAACAAUGCGAGCAGAAGAGACAACAUGGUAUUCAGGGGCAACAAUGCGACCAGAAGCAAAGGCUUGGAUGUGUCAUUGAUGAGCCCAAUAGACAACAGUGCAAAUGUCAACAGUCAGGAGGAAUAUGUUGGAAAACCUAGUACAAUGGUGGAUCCAGAGAUGAAGUUGGGAAAGGCAGAGAAUGGUCAUGUUGACAACCAGAACCAGCACGAUGUAUUCGAUGACAUUAUGAAUGAGAUGAUGAAACAGGAGGAGAACAACGGAAUGGUGUCAGUGGCUGCUAGAUUUGGGUUUGAUUCGUUUCCACCGCCUUAGUAGUUUAUUACUGUAGUAAUCUCCUUCUGUACCGGUUGCAUUAGUUCUCUCAACAUGAGACCAAUGUCAUUGUUUCUUUUUUUAAUUGUUUUUUGCGGUUCUAUUUCUUUCCAAAUAGUUUCCUACGGUUGUCAAUAGAUCAUCAUCAGCUGACACACUGCACUGCACUGUUUCAUAUCCUCUUUUAUGAAUUGUUGGCAUUGAGAUGAAAAGCAAGAUUGUUACAAAAACUUAAUACUACACAAUUUACUC